UUUAUGGACAAAUGGUUUUAGUAUCUAAUGAAAUCGACCUCGAUAAAGAAACCCCUUCUAAUACUACUAGUAGUUCCGGUAGUAAUAAUGGUGUUGGGCAGCUUCAGUUUCAGUUUCCUGAUGUUGGACGAGCCAUGACUGUUGAAUUUUGAUGGACCAUGGGAAGCACAUAGGGGAAUUUUGGGAAAAGAUAAAGAAAGAAAGAAUAAGAAAACCAUUGCCUUUUUUGGUUUCAGUUUAGGCCUUUCCAUGAGGCCUAAAGCAGUAUUCAGAGUGAGGCGUAAUUGAUAGCUCUCUGCUAAUCUCUGUUGAAAUUCGAGGCAGAAAAGUUAUCCGCUUCAAAUGCCUCAUAGUUGCAUCUUUUGGAUUGAAGAGAGUCUGAGGAUCUCAAUUGAUGUGGCUGUCUAUCCAGCAUUUGGUAGACAGGGGUCAAAUUAUGGUUCUAAGACUGUCGUUUGGGUUACAGGAUUGGGGUUUUGUAAGGACUCGAGAGGUUGGGGAGUUUCUUAGCGGAGCCUUAGCAGGAGCUAUGACUAAAGCUGUUCUUGCUCCCCUUGAAACCAUAAGGACAAGAAUGGUGGUUGGUGUGGGAUCCAAAGAUAUUGCAGGAAGUUUCAUUGAAGUCAUGGAGCAACGGGGUUGGCAAGGUCUGUGGGCUGGCAACACGGUUAACAUGCUUCGUAUAGUUCCAACUCAGGCGAUCGAGCUUGGCACGUUUGAGUGCGUUAAGAGAGCAGUGACAUCGGCUAAGGAGGACUGGGAGAAGAACGGGUGCCCAAAAGUUCAAAUUGGCCGAGUGAGGCUGAGCUUUUCUUUUUCAUGGUUAUCUCCAACUGCAGUUGGUGGUGCUGCGGCUGGCAUUGUCAGUACCCUUGCCUGUCACCCACUUGAAGUCUUGAAGGAUAGGUUGACGGUCAAUCGUGAGGCAUAUCCUAGUAUUAUUCUGGGUCUAACCAAAAUCUACAAGGAAGGUGGGAUUGGUGCAUUAUAUUCUGGCUUGUCCCCAACACUGAUAGGCAUGCUUCCGUACAGCACUUGUUACUAUUUCAUGUAUGAGAAGUUAAAGAAUAACUAUUGCGAAAAACAAAAGAAGAAGUCUUUAAGCCGCCCAGAGAUGCUUUUGAUAGGUGCUAUGUCAGGUUUUACAGCAAGCACUAUCAGCUUCCCGUUAGAAGUGGCGAGGAAAAGGCUAAUGGUUGGAGCACUACAAGGAAAGUGUCCACCAAACAUGGCAGCUGCCAUAGCAGAAGUCAUACAAGAACAAGGGUUCAAAGGUCUCUACAGAGGGUGGGGUGCAAGUUGUUUGAAAGUCAUGCCAUCCUCUGGUAUUACCUGGAUGUUUUAUGAAGCAUGGAAAGAUAUUUUGCUCAUGGACAGAAGAAUGCCUUUAUAACAGCCUACAGCUGAGGCAUUUUCAAGCCGGUUUGUCCCACCAUUGAGCCAGGGGAACCCGCCAUUGAGACAUAGGAUCCCACUAUCUCC